AUGGGCACAAUAAGUGCACUAAUUGUCAUCUGUUGUUUGAUUAUUUCCGCUGCAUUAACUGUAAUUAUUAUUCUGGUAACUAUACCAACUGAAAUUACUCACGAAUCAAAUUUUCCCGAGAUAUGGAUUAAUCGAAAAAAUAUCCUCGAUGAUACCAAAAGAAUACCAUAUAACCUGAAAAACGAUUUAUUACAAAAUUUACCCGUAAUUGGAACUACUGGAGCAACUUCAACUACUACUACUACUACUACUAGUACUACCACUACUAUUAUUACUACUACUACUACUGCUUUUGCUAGUGCUACCUUAAUUACUAAUACUACUCUAGUAGCAACAACAGCUAUCAAUCUUAUUACUUUACCUAAUACUGCUAAAAUAUUGAAGCAUACAAAAUUUGAAAAUGAUAAGCUAUCUUAUCAAUCAUUGAUAUCAUCAACCACGAUACCAAUAAAAAUCUGGAAAUCGAAUCAAAAUAAAUCAUCACAAAGACGUACCACAGUAAAUUUAAGCACCAAUAUUACGGUAACACGAGGAAAAAAGGUAACAUUAGGUAAUCGACGAUCUGCGACACAAAUACGACAUCAUUCGAUAUCUAAUGAAGUAACACCAAGAAAUUUACGACAAAAUUUAGCAACAUUAAUGUUACAUCAACAUAUCGAGCAAUUACCAUUGAAUGAUGAUAAUUUAGCAAAGAAUAAAGGAGAAAGAGAGCAAGUGAUGCAAAUGACAUUGUUAAAUGAGGUGACAUUUCCGAAUGAUGUCAAAGUGGUAGGAUUAGCGAUACAACAUGAACUUCUUUAUGUUGCUACUAAUGAUGGUCAAAUUGCAAUGAUAAAUCCGGAAACUGGUAAACAGGUAUGA